AUGCAGCAGCACCACCGAGUGAAACACUCGUACCUACUGCAGCUACAUGUAAUGCGAAUAAUAUGCGUACCACCAACUCAACUACCCUUGGUGGAGGUGCAACUACCCCUUUCAAGCACCGCGACCGCCACUCAAUCUGCUCGCGUGGCGGAAUCGCUAGUCGUAAUCUACGCCAUUGGGUACGUGACGCCACCACCACCACCACCGGUACAUUGUCGAGAACCCCCGAACAGCAUCACCGGCAUCAGAAACCAUUGUGCACAGACCGUAUAA